UUUUUGUGGACGGUGACGCAGCGAAAGCAAAGGUCAUUUAGCUCCAGUCCCACGUUUCCCCUCUGAACACUUUGUUUUUGUGAGAAUUGCUCCUCUUUAACUCCGCCUCUCUUUGCACUUCGUGGCUGCAGGACAUUCGGUCUGUGAUUCCUGAAAAGCUGGAGGAUGACUCGUCGCGUGGCUGUGAUCGGAGCGGGGUGCUCGGGUUUGACCUGCGUCAAGUGCUGUCUGGAUGAAGGUCUGGAGCCUGUCUGCUUUGAAAGCAGUGAUGACAUCGGUGGGCUGUGGAGGUUCAAGGAGAAGCCGGAGAAAGACCGGGCCAGCAUUUACUCCUCUCUCAUCAUCAACACCUCCAAGGAGAUGAUGUGUUUCAGUGAUUUUCCGAUCCCUUCACACUUCCCUAACUACAUGCACAAUUCCCUCAUCUUGGACUACUUCAGAAUGUAUGCCGAACACUUUAGUGUCAUCAAGCACAUACGCUUCAACACCAAAGUCUUACAGGUGAAGCAGAGAUCAGACUUCGCUCAUUCGGGCCAGUGGGAUGUUGAAACGGAGAACAAAGAUGGAAAAAAAGAGAGACAUAUUUUUGAUGCUGUGAUGAUCUGUAUUGGACAUCACUGCAAUCCCAGCCUGCCUCUGCAGGACUUCCCAGGCAUUGACAGUUUCACUGGAGAAUAUUUCCACAGCCGAGACUACAAGAGUCCAGAAGAGUGGAAGAAUAAAAAGGCUGUUGUGAUUGGAAUUGGGAACUCUGGGGGAGACAUCGCUGUGGAACUGAGCAGAGUUACUCAGCAGACGUACCUGAGCACUCGAAGGGGAGCCUGGAUUCUGAACAGAGUUGGAGACAAAGGCAUCCCUAUAGAUCUGUCAUGGAACAGGAUGUUGUUGGCUGCAAUGAAGAUCCUGCCCUUCGGUUUCUUGUGCAGCCUGAGCGAAGGCCACCUGAACCAAAGAUUCAAUCACAAACUGUACAACCUGCAGCCAAAACAUCGGUUGUUCAGCCAGCAUCCCACAGUGAACGAUGAACUGCCCAACCGCAUCCUCUCUGGAACUGUUCAAGUGAAACCCAACAUCCGAAGAUUUCAAGGGUCUAACGUGGAAUUUGUGGAUGGCAGUGUAGUGGAAGACGUUGACCUGGUGGUAUUUGCCACAGGUUAUAGCUACUCCUUUCCUUUUCUGGCCUCACACGUGCUCUCAGUGUGUGGAAACAAAUCAGCUCUGUACAAGUAUGUGUUCCCCCCUGACCUGGAACGCCCCACCCUGGCCAUCAUUGGGCUUGUGCAGCCACUUGGAGCCAUUAUGCCCAUUUCUGAAAUACAGGCCAGAUGGGCCACACGUGUCUUUAAAGGCUGUAACAGGCUUCCUUCAGCAGCUGCCAUGCUAAAGGACAUUCAGUGCAAGCAGGAUGCCAUGGCUAAAAGAUAUGUCACCAGCCAAAGACACACCAUCCAGGUUGACUUUGUCAGCUACAUGGAUGAGAUAGCAGAGCAGGUGGGGGUUCAGCCCAAAAUCAAGAGGCUGCUGCUGACGGAUCCCAGAUUGGGCCUGAAAGUGUUGUUUGGUCCCUGCACCCCCUACCAAUAUCGCCUCAGAGGCCCAGGCAAGUGGGUUGGAGCUCGCCAGGCCAUCUUCACUCAGUGGGACAGGAUUGCCCAACCCAUGCAAACCAGACCCUGUGACGAGCCUGAAUGCAAGAGAUCUUUUAUACGGCCUCUGGUUCUGUCAGCUGCUGCUUUGGGCCUGGUGACCUACUUCUACAGGAGCAACCUGUCAUCCUUCCUGCAAGAGCCCUCUACAUUGUGGGACAAGAUGAAGGUGUACCUGCCUGCAUACUGACCUGCUAUACUCAGCGGACCCAGAAUCCUGACCACUGACACAGAAGAGCUGUGCAUGACUUGCAUGACUUUGAUCAUCGCACUGCCGUGCAAUUUGUCAUGCCAUUGCAUCCCGCUUUGUCCCGCUUGACGCCACGCUAUAUAAAAUAAUAAUGUCAUAGCCAAUGACACAUUUGGUGAUGACACAGCUGAUGAAACCAUUUUCUCAUUGCUCCCACAAUCACAGAGAAAUGAUCUUGGUCGCUUUAGGUUGUCAGGUGCACGUUGUGCGAUGGUGAACACAUUUGGAAUUUUGUCUUAACCUCCUAAGUCCCGGAGGUUCUCAUGAAACAAAACAUAGUUUAUGGACUAGACAACCAAAAAUGUCAUGUCCACAUAUGUGGAUGCCAGGCCCUAGGAGGUUAAAGGAAAUCAUAAUAUAUAAAUUACAAUGGAUUAGUAAAACAGUUGCAUUUUCAUUCCUUCUUAUGAGCUAGAUAAUGUAUCUGUGAAGUUAUGUUUAUGAUAGAUGUAACAUCUCGUCAUAAUCAUUCAGAUGUCCUGUGCGCAGUGACAUGUAUUGACACACAAUGUUUUUGAAAAGGUUGCACAAUGUUCACGACUAAUUCAUGCAAAUGGGACGAAAUUAAUGCGUGCCAGAAAUUUUGAACAUUUAAAAAUUUUCUUUGGACACUGGCACACAACCACGCACAGUUCACGUACAUUUUAAGAAGCGUUACUCAUUCGCACACAAGAUUGCCUGCCAGUGCAAGGAUCAAAUUUGUGCAAGUGUCAAGGUGUCAUUAGGGAUAUCCUGAACUGGUCUUGGAGAUCAGUAUUGGGUCUCAACAAAGAAUGUUUUGAGUGAGUAGUAUUAGCUUUUUUAAUCAUGAGUCUCACCCCAUUCCAUCUGCAGCCCAUUUAGAAGGAGCGCAUUGACAGAGCUUAGGGCUCAGCAAUAUAGCAAAAAAAUAUGUAAUCAUGAUUCCACAAACACUGAAAAAGAUAAUAGUUAAACCAGCUUAAUUGAAUUGUUUCAAUUAGUAAGUUAGAUCAACUCUAACUUACAAACUUAAUUUCAAAGAACUUAAUUCAUUCAGGUGUUACCAAUUGAAACAAAUUAUUAAGUUGGUUCUUUUUUCAGUGCACCCAUAUUGAACAUUUUCAAUUUUUAUCACAAUAUAUAAUUCAAUAAUGCUGUCAGUUUAAAGAGUAUGAUGAAUUAAGAAGCCACGCGGUUUAUUAUUUAGAAAACUAUUAAUAAUAAUAAGAUCAACACUGUAAAUAUUGAACUGUGCAAAAAAAAAACUAAUUAAAGCAAUUCAGAUAGCCUGUCUUCUAACUAAAUAAAAGCUGUGACUGCGAUCACAAGUUAUUGUAGCCUCGUUUUCACUGAGCAGUCUGGGUCGGUACGGGUUUUUUUGGGGGUUUUUUUUUUGCAUUUCCACAUACAGAUUUAGGGAUGGUUACCAACAUAACCGAUCCAUACCAUACCACUUUUUUGGAACCCAUCGCUUGGAGUACCAAAAUAAUGGAAUGGUAACAUAAAGGAGGAGCUAACCCACUGCUGUCCAUUCAUUGGCUCAGC